UGGAGGAGAACGAGCAUCCCAUAGAAGAGGUGAGGCUGACAGUGGAUCCAACAGACAACCCAAAAAUCCCUGCACUAACAUUUCGCACAUGGCUGAUUGGUGUGACAUCAUGCCUGCUCCUCUCCUUCGCAAACAUGUUCUUUGGCUACAGAACAAACCAACUCAGCAUAGGAUCAGUCUGCAUACAGAUCGUCGCACUUCCAUUAGGAAGAUUUCUAUCAACAACGCUCCCAAAGAGAGAAAUACGCCUCCCCCGAACAGACUGGUCAUUCUCCCUAAAUCCAGGACCUUUUUCAAUGAAGGAGCAUUGUCUCAUCACUAUUUUUGCGAGUGCUGGUGCGGGAGGUCUCUAUGCGAUUCACAUUGUUACUAUCGUGCGGGCAUUCUACCAUAGAAUGAUUCAUCCCAUGGGUGCCUUCCUUUUAGCACAAACCACACAGUUGGUUGGCUACGGUUUGGCUGGAAUUUACCGAAAGUACUUGGUGGAAUCUCCAUAUAUGUGGUGGCCAGCAAACCUUGUUCAAGUCUCUCUUUUCAAAGCGCUGCAUCUAAAGGAGGAGAGAAAGAAGGGAACCAUGACAAGGUUCCAGUUCUUCAUAGUGGUCUUCAUCACAAGCUUUGCAUACUAUACCAUCCCAGGCUUCAUUUUCCCUGCAGUCUCAACCAUUUCUGUCCUCUGCUUGAUCUUCAAGAAAUCAAUCACCAUGCAACAGAUUGGAUCCGGAUUGAAAGGACUUGGGCUUGGAUCCUUCGGAAUCGACUGGUCCACCGUCGCAGGCUUCCUUGGCAGCCCAUUGGCCACACCUGCAACGGCAAUCUUCAACAUAUUGUUCGGCUUUUUCAUAGGGGUUUAUGUGUUGAUCCCAAUUGGCUAUUGGACCAACACUUACAAUGCCAAACGAUUCCCUAUAAUAUCCUCUCAUGUCUUCGAUUACGCUGGCCAUGCUUACAACACCACAAGAAUCAUAAACAGCGACACAUUCACUUUAAAUGUGGAAGAAGAAGAAAACUAUAGUAAAAUAAACAUAAGCAUUACUUUUGCUCUGCUCUAUGGAAUGAGCUUUGCAUCUCUGACUGCGUCAAUCAUGCAUGUUGCUCUUCAUGAUGGAAGGAAUAUUUGGAAGAUGUGGCAAAGUAGUAAAGAAUAUGCUAAGGAGAAGACAGAAGAUGUUCACACAAGAUUGAUGAAGAGAAAUUAUGAGCCUGUGCCUCAAUGGUGGUUCUAUCUUCUUCUAGUAACGGUUAUUGGGCUCUCCAUCUUCACUUGCGAAAGGUUUCACAUUCAACUACAGCUCCCAUGGUGGGGAGUGUUAUUUGCUUGCUUCAUAGCUCUACUCUUCACAUUACCUAUUGGAGUGAUUUUGGCUACCACAAAUCAGGCACCUGGGCUAAAUGUCAUUACAGAGUACAUUUUUGGUCUAAUAUUACCAGGAAAUCCUAUGGCAAAUGUGACAUUCAAAACAUAUGGAACCAUAAGCAUGUCCCAGGCACUUACCCUUCUCAGUGACUUAAACCUUGGACAUUACAUGAAAAUCCCCCCAAAGUCCAUGUUCAUCGUGCAGUUGACAGGCACAAUGAUAGCAUCUUCAGUUUACUUUGCAACAGCAUGGUUUCUUCUUGACACAGUAAAGCAUAUAUGUGAUCCAAAAAACCUUCCUGAAGGUAGCCCAUGGACUUGCCCGAACGAUGAUGUCUUCUACAACGCAUCCAUAAUAUGGGGGCUGGUUGGUCCAGUGAGAAUGUUUGGAAAACUUGGGCACUAUUCAGCUCUGAACUUCUUCUUCUUAUUUGGUUUACUGCUACCCAUUCCCUUCUGGUUGCUGUCAAAGAUCUUCCCAAGGAACAAACUGCUCAAAUAUAUCCACAUCCCCUUGAUCAUAGCGGGUGCAGGUGGACUCAUUCCUACGCAUUCUGUGAACUUCAUCAUGUGGGGUGCAGUGGGCGUUUUCUUCAAUUAUUAUAUCUAUAAGAGGUAUAAAGACUGGUGGGCAAGGCACACCUAUGUAAUGUCUGCGGCUUUAGAUGCUGGAGUAGCAUUUAUGGGAAUUUUCAUCUUUUUCGCUCUACAGUUUAAUGAUAUCAGCGGGAUGGAUUGGUGGGGAGGUGUUGCGGAUGAUUAUUGCCCGCUUGCUGGUUGUCCUACAGCGCCUGGAGUGCUGGUUGAAGGUUGUCCGGCCAUCAAUUCCUAAGUAGUCUAGUUGUUAAGCCUCCAUCAAUUAAUAUGUUUUAUUUAAAGUUAUUUUGGUUGAUGUAUAUAGUAUUGGGUUGGUCCUAAAUGUCCGAUUUCAGAAAUUUAGUAUUGAUAAUAUUGUGAAAGUUCAUUUCUACAAAGGGGACAAUUUAUGA